AUGGUCGAACAAACCAAUAAAAGUGAGUUUUCUACAGUAUCUACAGUUACAGUACCCAGAUUACUGUACUUGUUUUUGCAGAAUCAAGUUUCUUCUUCGCUUCUUAUGGCUGUUGUGUUCCCAUUGAAACGUACGCAUAUAUCGUCACCGUUUUGUUUGUUUUCACGAUUUUGGUCAUUUUGUUUUGUUUUUUGGCGACGGCGACUGUCAGAUGGGUGAGUUUGGAAUGAUGCCAAUGACUGAAAAUAUCUAGUUAUGACGUGGCAAAGCUGGAGAAGGCGGAAUUUCUUUGAAAUUCUGAAUUGGGCCAUUUAAGUUCCAUUUUCAAAUUUUGGUCCUGGACCUCUCUAAAAUCCCACUCAAAUCACUAUUAUUUUUCCAGUUGUAUAAACGACGAAUGCGUAAACGUCUUCAUGACAUGAAAGAGAAGAUUGUGACAGAACAACGAAUGAAACAAGAAAACGAAGCAAAACUCAACUAUUUGGCACAAAAAAAUCAAAUGAACAAAAUGCAAACAAAUAGCAAUAUGAACAAUUUGAAUAAUGUUGUUGAGCCAACAAAAAUCGAGAAAGAACAAAUGAAUGGAAUGAUGAUGAAAGAAAAACAAGGAAAUGAGGAAGAUGGUGGAAUAGGAGGAGGAGGUGGAAAAAUUGAGGAAAAGGAGAUGAUUGUUGCACCAAAAGAACCACCAAAGAAUAUUAAUUGUGAUCCGGCGAAGGAUUAUGUUGCUGCAAAGUAUGUACAUUUUGUGAUUUGAAAAACGUAUGCUAAAGGUUGAUCAGGUCUCUGUUGGAAAUUUUCCUAACAAGGGAAGUGCAUAAGGUCAGGUGUUGAACUUUUGAUGAAACAUGACGAAAUAUACCAAAUCGACCAUGCUGAUCACGAUUCCGAAGUCAAAAAUUGCCACAAAAGCCUGUGAACACUUUUCUGGAGCUCCAAAGUUGAAAUCGAGUUUUGGUUUUUGCCCAUUUUCACCAUGUUCCAGGGUGGAAAAUCAAUUUUUAUAACAUGAAUAAGGUUGUUCACCACAUUCGAAAACCUAUCAGCUUUUUAGUUUUUCAAAAAAUAUGAAAAACCAGCUGAAAACUGUAAUUUUCAAAAAAUGCACCAAAAACUUUAAAAAACGUGUGUGUUUACGUGUAUUUGUGUGUAUUUUCAGGACUUUUUGAAAAUUGCAGUUUUCAGUCCGUUUUUGAUAUUUUUUGAAAAACUAAAAAGCUGAUAAAUUUUCGGAAUGUGGUGAACAACCUUAUUCGUGUUAUAAAAAUUGAUUUUCCACCCAGGAACAAGGGUGAAAAUGGGCAAAAACCAAAACUCGAUUUCAACUUUGGAGCUCCAGAAAAGUGCUCACAGGCCUCUGUGGCAAUUUUUGACUUCGGAAUCGUGAUCAGCAUGGUCGAUUUGGUAUAUUUCGUCAUGUUUCAUCAAAAGUUCAACACCUGACCUUAUGCACUUCCCUUGUAAAUUAACCUCGACGCUUUAAACAACAUUUGUGUACUGAAAAAUUCCAACUAUGAAAAAAGAUCUCAACAAUCAUCUAGUUUGAUUUCAACAAUAUUUGUCAAGUUCCGAAAGAUUUCUGAUUCAAACACAGAAUUCAUUGAAAAACUGUCUCAUCGUAAAUCUAGCAAAAUUCAGAUUUUUCACUGUUUCAAAUAAUUUAAAAAGAAAGAAUUCAUCCAAAUAUUUUCAAUGAUAGUUCGCCGCAGGUUGAGCAUUUUAUUCAAUGAAAUACAUUAAAAUUUGUCCAUAGAAGAGUUUUUGCUCAAAAUUAUUCAUUUUUCACUGUUUCAAGUAAUUUUAAAGACAGAAAUUGAUUAUGAAUUGUUCAGUAAGCCAUAAAGGAAUUUUAUCCAAAAAAUUAUUUUUAAAAAGUUUUGAAAUCGAAUUUUCACAAAGAAAAAAAUCUAUUCUUCUGUCUAAAAAGUUGAUUUUCACAUUUUUUCCAGAGCCAAAACCCCUCGCCGUCCAAUUCAAAUGCAACAUCAACAAAAAUUGUUCGACAUCAAAGGUCAAGAACUCACACCAGUUGCAACAUCAAGAUCCAAUGCUUUAACACAAUCUGCAUCAAAUAAUAAUAUGAAACAUGUUGAUAAAGCUCAAAACAAUACUAAUGAUCCACCAGCUCGUCGCCCACUUUCAUCUGAAAUUAUGCCAAAAUCUGCGGAACAAGUUGACAGACCAUCCAAGGAGAAGAUUAGUUCACCACCCAAACAAAAACCGAAAAGAUCGUCGGCUGAAAAAACUGGAAGUAAGGAAACAACAACUGGAAAAACAUCGGGAAGUCGUGAAACAACUGGAACAACAGCCACAUCAACUCAACCGAAAACUACAACAAGCGCGGGAAGCACAGAGAAAACAAAGACUGAAGGAAGCAAUGAAAGUGUGGCGAAAAAUAAGAAAUUGUCGAUUUCGGAUGAGGAAAAACGGAAUGAAGGAGGAGGUGGAAAACAUGAAUGGAGAAAUCAAUAUUAUGGAGGAGGAAGUAGAGAAACAGCGGCGGAUAGUUCGAGAAAAUCUAUGGUGUGAGUGCAAUUUUUUUGGGGGAGAUAAGGGAUUUUUGAUCUGGAGUUCUUUAGGGAGAAAUUAACUGUUUCAAAUAUUUUUCAAUCAAAAAUAAGAUGAAUUUUUCAUUAGGAUACUUUUUUCCGCAAUCUGAAUAAAUGAAAAUUUGUUUUUGGUAUUUCUGGCGAUUGACGCUCAUUUAAUUCAAAUUUUUUUGAAACUUAAAAUAAUUAAUCUUUUUAAACUAAAAAAAAUUGAGAUCAAAUUCUAAUUUUUCAAUGUUUAAAAUUUUUUCAAUCAAAAAUGAGCUAUACAAAUUCUUCCAUUUUUUUAUGUUUUACUCUUACAAUUUUUUUCAAACUGGAAACUGUCUUUCUAACGAUUCUUCUUCAAAAUUCCAUUCCAAACUUUGCAGUCCAAGUACUCGUUCAUGGCUCAUUGAUACAACUGGCUCAUCAAAAAAAUCACUCGAAUUAUCAACUUCGAAAUCGAACUCACUUUUUCGAACAAGUUCUUCGCUUUAUCAAACAGCAACUACUUUGGAGGAUUCCAAAAAUACGCACUCACAUGGAGCGUUUGUCUUUGAGAAAUAA